AUCAACCAAUCAGUCUCUCGUCAACCGAUCUCCCUUGGAUGGGAUGCUUCGUCUGACCUCUGUCCAGAGGGGUGGUGGUUCGGCGGGCGACAAAGUUCGAUGUGUCCUCACCCACCCAACCGCCAUCGAACACAGCAACACAUACAUACACACAUACAUACAUACAUACAGAAGCGACCAAAUAUCAAAAGUGCACCAGCACCGUCUGCCUGCCCUUAUGGUGCAACCAGUCUCUCUAAGUCGCCUCGCAGUGGACAUCAGAUACGUGAGAAGAUGCCAUGAGACCAAAAAUGGGCUGCUGUAGCAUAGCCCCUGCACACGCACUCGACGCCCACCCAGGGACCAAGCAACGGCGGCAGCACCACAAACCGGCCAGCCACAAAACCAAACACCAUAAAUCUCUCUCUCUCUCCGCAUAGCAUACAUCUCUCUCAGGGCAGCACCUUGCCCGCCCGCACUGCCUCUGCGACUUGUGUCUUGGCUGUGUUCUCGGCGUAUUUGACAUAGUGGUCGAGCAGCCGCUGUCUGUCCGCCCGUGUGGCGAGGUAUGAUGGCCGCGAUGACACGGCCGCCCACCACCGAUGGAAGCGCUCCCAAGUCGGGUCGGCUGACAAUGGGGGGAGCUCAAACCUGCACACGCGUCGCGUCCAUGCAUCUGUGGAUGUGUGAGGGCUUUGAGUGUUGUUGGGCUGGUUGGGUGGUUUGUUCCUUCCCUUCCUUGCUGACCCUCUGAAGUGUUUGAGUAUGUCGAGUCGGUCAACGAAGGGCGUGAGCAUGAUGUCGACGAGACCGUACAUCGAUCCAUCGAAGAAGGGGCCGUCCGCGUCCAUCUCCUGCACAUGAAUGAGUGGACAGACACAUGUGUGUGAGAAAGCUGAAUGAAGGGAUAUGUGUCUCUGUGUGUGUGUGUGUGUGUGUGUGUGUGAGGUUUACCUGAGUGAGCGUGUAGAUUGCGUCUCGGAAGUCGGUUGCCGCCGUAUCCUUGUCGUGCAUGAGGUAGUCAUAGAAGGGCGGCACACACUUCUUGCUCACAUGAUCGGCCCUGCAACCACCCACACACAUUCAGCACCUGUGGUGAUUGAGUCGGCGGCUUGCUCUGUGUCACUACCACACACACACACACACACACCAGAUCCUCUGUCUGGCCCGUCCAAGGGGAUCGGUGGGCAUCAGCGGCCGCAGCGAUGGGUCGGUCGAUGCCGGAAAGGCCUCGUCGAUGUACUCAAUGCACACGGCAGACUCAUAAAUGGAGUGGUCUCAAUGCCUGCACGGACGCAACACACACGAGUCAGUCAGUGCAGGGGAAGGAAAGGUACAUCCACGCGCAUCGUUUGCAGGCUGAAUUCGUCACUCUCACCGAAUGGCCGGCACCAGCCCUCUGGGAUUGAUCGCCAGCCACUCCUUCGUCUUCGCACAUGGGCUAACACACACACACACACACACACACCGCACGAGCACACACACGUACGAGCACAGACACAGAGCUCAUCCAACGUGACGUGUCAUCCUGGUUGGGUUGCUGCAAUCCAGUCCAUUCCAUGAUUCCAGCCAUACUUGAUCUCGUGAAGAACGUAUUUGAGUCCCUUUUCCUCGCACGCCAGCCAUGCCCGCUGUGCAAAGGGGCAGAACCACGAUUGGUACAGCUGCAGCGUCUGGUUGCACCCGUUGGCUGCCA